AAUAAUAAUAAUAAUAAUAAUAAUAAUAAUAACAGUGAGAUGGAAUUACCGAAAAAAGGUCGUGUUGUGGUCUUCACAGACUCUGACGGAUUUAGUGAAUCCGCAUACAUAUUGUCAAGAUUACGUGUAUUAGAUGUACUCUUUCAUGAUAUCUCUUCAAAACUUCAGAGAAAGUAUAAAAUUGAAAGUAUAGAAAUGGAAAUCUCACAUACACUGGCGAGUCUUAUCGUUGAAGAAACAGAGAAACCUUCUUUUUUCUUUACUCUUAUGCGUGACUUUAUAGACUUUCUAUAUACAGGUGAUAUGAGAAAGUUUACGAGGGAUUCCGUCUGUUAUUAUGGGAAUGGUACCUUCACCAAUGCUGAUGAUGAUGAUGAUCAUAUGAAUAAUAAUAGUAGUAAUAUUAAUAAUAAUAAUAAUAAUAUUAAUAUUAAUGAGAAGGAAGAGAUGGAUAAUAAUGAAAAGGAGUUUGAAUUGCUUCUCUUUACUCUUUUUAAUGCUUCCCCGCACCGUAUGGCGGUUGCAAGAGGAGUUCGUGAGGUCCUUCGUUUAUGGGAACCUUAUAUGCUACAAAAUAAUAAUAAUAAUAAUAAUAAUAAUAAUAAUAAUAAUAAUAAUAAUGAGGAAGAAAAUGAUGACUUUCUUAUUGUAUUAAAUGAACGUUCUUUACAAAGGAAGGAUGAAUCUAUGGAGAAUAGUUUUCCUCUUUUCGCAAAUUCUAUCUUCUUUUUACUGCUAUUCUUAUUAUUAUUGUUAUUACUACUGUUUCUUGUCGUAGUUAUUGGUUUUCUUAUUCCAUGUCUAUUGGGAGAGAAUGGGUCCUAUAGGUUUGUUUCCGCAGCCUAUGGAGAGAAGGAGAAAAGAGGGAAGAAACAUCGAUGA